CGUUCUCCUGCUCCUUGAAAUUCCUUAUUUGCAUUGAAAUUCGAAAAACCGACUGCCUCUCUCCCUCCCUGCCUGCCUGGCUCGCUAAUCUAGACAGAGCAAGAAAGAGAAGAAAGAAAACGCUCACAGAAGAAAAUGGAGAACAACCGGAGCCAAAAUGGCGGCGGAGCACAUCCCGCUCCGGCACCUAUCAAAAUAUCGAGCCUCAACUGCAUCGAUCUCUCGAAUCCUGACAUCCAGCAAACCGUCUCUUCCCUCAAACAGGCGUGUUUGGAUUGUGGAUUUUUCUACGUAGUAAAUCAUGGAAUCAGCCAAGAAUUCAUGGACGAGGUGUUUGCGCAGAGCAAAAGGUUUUUCCAGUUGCCGUUGAAUGCGAAAAUGAAGCUUUUGAGGAACGAGAAACAUCGAGGUUACACUCCUAUCCUCGAUGAGCUUCUGGAUCCUGAAAAUCAAAAGCAUGUAGGAGACUACAAAGAGGGAUAUUAUAUAGGUGUUGAAGUUCCAGAAGAUGAUCCUGAUGCCGAGAAGCCAUUUUAUGGACCUAAUGUUUGGCCUUCAGAAGGUAGCUUUGUAACGUUCCUUUUGCAGCAGAUUAUGCUACUUGAUAUUUUGCCUGGAUGGAGGCAGACUAUGGGGAAAUUCCAUCAUGAGGCAUUGGAGGUGGCUAAGUCAGUUGCAAGGAUCAUAGCACUUGCUCUUGAUCUAAAUGCUGACUUCUUUGAUAAGCCUGAGAUGCUUGGCAAGCCUAUUGCGACAUUGCGUUUGCUACAUUAUGGAGGUCAAAUUUCUGAUCCCUCAAAUGGACUAUAUGGAGCUGGAGCACAUUCUGACUAUGGAUUGAUUACCCUUUUGACCACAGAUGAUGUCAUGGGUCUGCAAAUAUGCAAGGACAAAGAUGCUAAGCCCCAAAUCUGGGAAUUUGUAGCGCCAUUGAAAGGAGCAUUUAUUGUGAAUCUUGGUGACAUGCUGGAGCGCUGGAGCAACUGUAUUUUCAAGUCUACAUUACACAGAGUUUUAGGGAAUGGUCAAGAUAGAUAUUCUAUUGCAUACUUCGUGGAACCUAGUCAUGAUUGCCUCGUCGAGUGCUUGCCAACAUGCAAAUCAGAAAUUAAUCCUCCGAAGUUUCCUCCAAUCAAAUGCGCGACAUAUCUGAGCCAGCGUUAUAGAGACACACACGCUGAUCUUAAUGUAUACAGUGAACAUCAAACUUGAAUACACACCACAGAAUUUGCUGAAGGGUAAUCAACCUUCUAAUAUUUUGUAAGGGCAGGGCACAAGUUAUGUGGUAUGUCAGUUAUUAGAAAUCAGUUUUACUAUUUACCCCCAAAAAAAAAAUAUUGGAAAUCAGUUUUACUGAAAUGUGUAAUAAUAGGCUAAAAAGCAGUAAUCAUUCUACAAGAAAUGUAUUGUAUUCCAAUAUUUAUCCAAAUUUAUUUCUCAUCUGCUUUUGCUGCACUUUUUUCUCUUU